CUCAACUUGCUGACUGAGGAAAUAUCUGAGCCAUUAGCAAUUAUCUUCAAAAAGUCAUGGGAGAGUUUCCAGAGGACUGGGCAAGUACAGUGCCAAAAGGGAAAUAAGGACAACCCCGGGAAUUACAGACCAAUCAGCUUAAAUUCAGUACCCAGAUAGAUAAUAGGGGCAAACUAUUAAGCAGUCAAUUUAUAAACAUCUAGAAGAGCAUUUUAAGAUCUGCUAAUGAACAGUGCCCUUGUGUAAGGAUGCCUUAGAAAAAGAACCAUGGAGAAAUAUAUUAAGGUGCAGAAGAUUGGUGAAGGAUCCUUUGGAAAAGCAAUUCUGGUCAAAGCUAAAGAAAACAGCAGACAGUAUGUUAUUAAGGAGAUAAACAUCUGUAAGAUGUCCAAUAAAGAGAGAGAAGAAUCAAGGCGAGAAGUUGCUGUGUUGGCAAACAUGAAACAUCCAAAUAUUGUCCUGUAUCGGGAAUCAUUUGAAGAAAAUGGCUCUCUCUAUAUAGUGAUGGAUUACUGUGAAGGAGGGGACCUGUUUAGACGAAUAAAUGCUCAGAAAGGCAUCUUGUUCUCAGAAGAUCAGAUCAUGGAUUGGUUUGUACAGAUUUGUUUAGCACUAAAACAUGUACAUGACAGAAAAAUUUUGCAUCGAGAUAUAAAGUCACAGAAUAUAUUUUUAACCAAAGACGGAACAAUACAGCUGGGAGACUUUGGAAUAGCUAGAGUUCUUAACAGUACUGUAGAGCUGGCUCGCACUUGCAUAGGAACACCAUACUAUUUGUCACCUGAAAUCUGUCAGAACAAACCUUACAACAAUAAAAGUGACAUAUGGGCUCUUGGUUGUGUUCUCUAUGAAAUGUGCACACUUAAACAUGCAUUUGAAGCUGGUAACAUGAAAAACCUGGUACUGAAGAUAAUCUCUGGAUCUUUUCCUCCUGUUUCUCUGCAUUAUUCCUACGAUUUACGUAAUCUGCUUUCACAAUUAUUUAAAAGGAAUCCUAGGCAUAGACCAUCAGUCAACUCCAUAUUGGAGAAAAUCUUUAUAGCCAAACGGGUGGAAAAAUUUCUUACACCACAGCUUAUUGCUGAUGAAUUCAAUCACAAAGUGUUCCACAAGUUUGACGCCCCUGUUGCACCAGUAAAAAGACCAGCUCAAGGACAAAUCUGUGCUUCAGCUGUGCCAGCUCAGAAAAUUACUAAACCUGCUGCGAAAUAUGGAGUGCCUUUAAUGAUCAAGAAAUCUGGUGACGCAUCUAAAAAAUUUCAUGAGAAGAAACCAUUAGCUAAAUUUAGACAGGCCCAUCCAACUCCAAUGAAGAAAAUGAAUCCAGGAGAAGAAAGGAGGAAAAUGUUUGAGGAAGCUGCAAAAAAGAGAAGAUUCGAGUUACUUGAGAAGGAAAAACGACAGAGAGACCCGAUUGGUUUGCUGAAAGCUGAGCAGAUAAGAAGACUGGAAAAGGAAAGGAUGGAACGGAUAAACAGAGCCAGGGAACAAGGCUGGAGAAAUGUGCUUAGUUCAGGUGGAAGUGGUGAAGUUAAGGCACCAUUUUUUGGUGGUGGAGGAGGUAUUGGGCCUUCCCCUGUGCCUGCCAGAGGACAGUAUGAACACUACCAUGCUAUCUUUGACCAGAUGCAACAGCAAAAGGAAAAUAUUAAAGUAGGUGAGGAGAGAGAAACCAGAUGGAGAGCAGAAAUACGAGGUCGGGAAGCUGUUGAAAGAGGAGUUCCACCUGGAGUACGUCCAGGAUUUCCUAAUGGGCCUGAUGGUCAUCACCAUUUACCAGAUGCUGAUGCAAUUAGGAAAAAAAUCAAAAGAUUGAAGGAGGUGUCUAAACAAGCCAAUGCAAACAGGCAAAGAGGAUGGGUAGCAGCAGAAAGAGCAAAACAAGUUGAAGAAUUCUGGCAACGAAAGAGGGAAGCUAUGCAAAACAAAGCUCGUGCUGAAGGACAUAUGGGUACACUGCAAAACCUGGCAGCUAUCUAUGGAGGCAGGCCCAUUUCUGCAAGAGGAAGGAAAUCCAGAAACAAGGAAGAAGAGGAAUACUUGGCAAGAUUAAGACAGAUCCGACUUCAAAACUUCAAUGAACGCCAGCAGAUUAAAGCUAAACUUCGUGGAGAAAAGAAUGAAGCUGACAGUUCUGAUGGACAAGAUGCAAGUGAAGAAGCAGAAUUGAGACGCAAAAAAAUUGAAGCACUAAAGGCCCAAGCAAAUGCACGAGCUGCAGUUUUGAAAGAGCAACUAGAGCGAAAGAGAAAGGAGGCAUAUGAAAGAGAGAAGAAAGCUUGGGAAGAACAUUUGGCAGCAAAAGGGGUGAAGAAUCCUAUGGUGCCUUUUAAUGUGUUGGCAGCUGGGGUUAGUCCUGUGCCUGGGCAACAAGAACCUGGAGGAUCGCCUCCCAAACCACAACUUCCAUUGAAGCCCAGUACACCAGUUAUCUCUAUGACUUCAGCUUUGAAGGAAGUGGGUGUGAAUGAAAAUACAACUGCUAUCCAGGAAACCACAGAGGAAACAAAGAAGGCAGAUCUUGCUGUGCCAAAUAAAAGAGAAAUACUAAGAAGAUUGAAUCAAAAUCUUAAAACACAGGAAGAUGUAAAAGGAAUAAAGGAGCCUAAAGACACCUGCGAGGCAGCUGUGGCUGAAGAAAGUAAAGAAGAAGAUGAUGAUCCAUUUCUAGUAGAUCGCAAGAAAUGGGAGGUUGCAGCAGCUGAGCUGGUGGUUCCUCUUGCACAGCUAACUAUGGAAGAAUCGUUUUCAGGGACAGAGAGGCAGACCAUCGGGGAGGUAAUUAAACUAGAUGUUGGUGAACCCCAGAGGAAAGUUUGGGGCAAAAGCCCUACUGAUUCAGUGCUGAAGAUACUGGGAGAAGCAGAGUUGCAGCUUCAAACUGAAUUACUGGAGGAAAUAACUAUCACAAAUGAAGUUCCUGAAGAAGGUUCUCAGCCCUUAAUAGUGAAAGAAAACAGUGAAGUAAAAAUUGCUUCUUGUAUUGGAAAGAAAUGUUCAGCUUCAGCUGUUGGUAUCAUAGAAUCUGAAAGGACAAUACCAGAGGAGUCACAAACAUUUGAUGCCACCCAAGUGCCAUCCAGACCUGUUGUGCUAGAUGAGCUGGAUGAUUUGGAAGAAGAAAUAUUGGAAGAAACUGAAAAAAAUAAGUGCAAAAGUGACCAAUUUCUCAUCACUGUUCAUGAUGUGUGGGUUAAAGAAAGGGAAGCAAUAACAGCGCAUGAGCCACAGGAAGAUACUGCCUGUCAGAAAGAUGAUGGUGAUGAAGCAGCUUUGGAGAAGGAAAUGCCACAUAAUGCGCAACCGCAUCAUGAAGUUACUGCUGACACUUGUCUCAGUGACUCUAUGCAACCUGAACCCUUUUUCCAGAAGGUGCCACAACCACAAGCCGUACCAACAACCUCACCAGUUCUGUCAGCUCAGUCUUCACUGGAAGAGCCUUUUCCACCUCGUUCACGAUCUGUAUCGCCAGCAAAAAGGAAAGGCAAAAGUUCAUUACUGAUUGGGCUCUCUACUGGCCUGUUUGAUGCAAACAAUCCAAAGAUGUUAAGAACAUGUUCACUCCCAGAUCUUUCCAAGUUGUACAGAACACUAGUUGAUGUUCCCAUUGUAGCAGAUGUACAACAUCAAGACAACCUUGAAAUAGAGGAUAUGGAAGAUGAGCAUGUCAAAGAAGGGCAUUCUGAUUCUGAAGACAUUACAUUUGGUGAGGCAGAUACAGACUUGCGGGCGCUUCAGGCCUCAAUGGAACAGUUACUUAGGGAGCAGCCUAGUGAGGAAUUCAGUGAAGAGGAGUUGUCUACCUUAAAGGCAGAUACUGCAGCAUGCAUAACAAAUGGUACAGAGCUGGAUGAUGAGGAUGACAACAACCCCAGCAGUGAAAGUGUACUUAAUGAAGAAUGGCAGUCAGACAACAGUGAUGGGGAUAUUGCCAGUGAAUGUGAAGCAUAUGACAGUGUCUUCAGCCAUUUGGAAGAGUUGAGAUAUAAUCUGGAGCAGGAAAUAGGCUUUGAUAAAUUCAUUGAAGUUUAUGAUAAAAUAAAGGCAAUACAUGAAGAUGAAGACGAGAAUAUUGAUAUUUGUUCAACAAUAGUUCAGAAUAUUCUGGGACAUGAAUAUAAACAUCUGUAUGCCAAGAUUCUUCAUUUAGUGAUGGCAGAUGGAGCCUAUCAAGAAGAUAAUGAUGAAUAAACCUGACUCAGGAAGUGUGAUAUGUAGGUGUCUGGAUUCUUACAGCAGAAUUGCAAGUUACAAUGGAAAAUGUAAUAAUAACUGAAUAAGGAGCAGGAAAGUGGGAGACAUAAGAAAAGUAUGCUGAUUGCAUGAAAAAGAUGGAAAAAUGCCUAUAUUUCAGAUGAGAUGUUUAUGUAUUUCCUUUGAUAUGUUUCCUCAUUUUUAAAGUUACCUGCUGCAGAAAUCACACUUUAUCUUAAAAAUUUCAACCAAAGUAUACCUGCUUCUAGCUCUUCACUUACACACUAAAAAUAAUUCUAUUUAUCCCUACUAAAGAUUGUAUUUCAUUUUCAGUUGACCAGUUAGACUGUAUUUAAAUAAUCACAUUGUAUCAGUGGCCCAAGUGUGAAUAUUUCACAUUUUUUAGAAUAAAACUGGUAGCAUGUUGAAGUUUCAAUUAGUUAGUUUAGGUGACACUGGUUAAAAAAUAUCUUAAUAGUUUUUUUGCAAAUUGAGGCAAACUGGUCUUUAUUACAUCAUUGAGAAAGUUAAUUUUUUUCCAAAGGAGUAAUGGAAUUCAUUUGGAACUGGAGAGUUUCUGCCAUAAUCUUUCUAGCAGAGACAUUAAUACUUCAAAUUUUGCUACCUUCUCUAACUCUAAAGCUGUGCAAAAGUUAAGGCUGCUCUUUUUUUCCCCUCCUGCCACACAGAGAAAAACCAAAAUGGGAUAAUAUAUCUGUGUUAAACACUUAAAUACUGUGUUACUGUUGUCAUUUUGAUACUGAUGAUUUGUUGUGUGAUCUCCCAGGACAAUAUAAACCUAGAUUUUCCCUGUACUCUGUUCCUCUGUCAGAGGGAGCACCAUACCGGCAAAAUAAGGUGUGUUUUGAUUUUUUUUCCCCAGAGGCAAUGACUAGAAAGUGUUACUAGUCUGUGUGUACAACAGGUCAAGUAUUACAGAUCAAAUGAAACUUAUACUUUUCACUUAUCCUAUUGGAGAGAGAUGGAUUUUCAAACCCUGAGUAAUAGCAAUCUCAGUUGGAAAAAUAUAAAAGUCAAAUUAUUUUAGCAUUAAGUGAAAGUUAAUGUGUACAUUAUUUCUAAUCUUCAUAAAUAAAUACUUGAUUUUUGUA